UAUGGGAUAUCGAGCUUUAAUCCGGUUGGAUGUUCUCGUGUUUUCAAGAAAUCAGGUCAGCAAAUUGGUGAAGAAGGCCCAAGAUAUUUUGUUACAAUUUCACGGCACAAUUGUUCACGUUUGUAUUUGAAGCAAUAG